AUGAUCAUAGUCGGAAUCAAGAGAUUAAAAAUCAGAGCCGCCAUUACCCCUUUAUUCCAGUCUGCCUCAAGUUCUAAUUCCGACUCGGAGUCAGACGACGAAGCUCAAUCUGCUCUUGAAUUACAAACCCUAGAAACGAAGCUCUCGAAAAACCCAGCCAACUACGAUGCUCAUGUUCAAGAUGCUGUAGCAGUGAAGCUUAUCAACUCCUCAACAACUGUUGGGCAGUUGCUAUCAAUGCAUAUGAAAAUCCCUCAAUCGAUUUAUCCGAGCGACACAGACAGAGUUGGAGUUGGAGCUUCUGGGAGUCAGAUUGAUUUCUUGGGUGAACUCAGGAAUGAGGGGGCAAUUCCUAGUUUUGAGAAGUCAUUUGAGCGUGGAGUAUCUGAUUACUUGUGGUGAAUUGUCAUUCAUGGAGCUUACCAGUGAGCCAGUUGCAAUUAUUAUCUUGCCAUAUCGAGUGCCUUAUGGUUUUCAUUGAGCUUUCAUGGCGAUAAUCUCCUAAAUAUAUGAUGUGGACCAAGUCGAACAACUAACUCAAGUCAUGCUUACAAACAACCUAAGAUUAUUUGGCCCAAUUGUUAAUGUGUGUUUAUGAUUUAGAUACUUUAGUGUUGUAUGGCCCAUCAACUCUAUUGGAAUGGAAUCAUGAAUUCCAAUUUUUUUUGGAAUGGAAUCACGAAUUCCAAUUCUGUUGGAAUCACAGAAGUUGAUGCUUGAAGAACGGACCACAAAAUUGAAACUGAUUCUAAGCA